AACUGGUAUUUUCGGAGGGGGAGAGGUGCGAAGCCGAUGGUUAGAACAGCGCCGUCCACAGUCGAUCGGCAUCUUCACCGCCGGCCGUAGUUUUCAUCUCUUCAGUUCCGUUGCGUCUACCAAAACUUCAGUACUUCUUUCUUUGAUUUUUCUGUUCUCUUUUCCUUCCGUAAUCUGGAGUACAGUGUGGAAUUUUGUUUUCGAUGAUGAAUGGGGUUUGCAAGCGCUUGCUUCGAGUUCGAAAUCAUUUUCCUUCGUCCUUCCGCAGCGUCAAUGGCCGUUUCUCGUCUGUAAGUUCUUCGAUUCCAUCACCUCUAUAUUACCGUCCCAAGUUCUCGCUCUCGAUUCCCGCCUUUUCGUGUUCGAUUGCGUUUUUGGUCCAUUUUAAUUCAGAAUUUGUUCGAUCAGGAUCUUACUGUACUCUUAAUGAAUCUAAAGCGGAAGAAAUUUCAGAAAGCAGUGCGGAUAAGUUACACAAAGCUAUUAUAGAUAAUUCUUGCGCACAUCAUGAUAUGGAGGAUGCCCUCGAUCAUGUGGGCGUCCAUUUGAGUACUGAUUUAGUUGUAGAUAUUCUCCAUAGGCUUCGUUUUGAUGAGAAAUUAGCGUUUAGAUUCUUUACAUGGGCUGCGCGUCAAGAUAACUAUUCUCAUGAACCUCUGGUUUACAAUGACAUGAUUGAUAUACUGUCUAGCACUAGGUACAAGGUCAAGCAAUUUCGAAUUGUUUGUGACGUUCUUGAUUAUAUGAAGAGAAAUGACAAGAAUAAUGUUCCUGUUGAGAUUUUAUUUGGGAUUUUGAAGAAUUAUACAGAGAGGCAUUUAACUCAUUUGCAAAAGUUUGCGAAGAAAAAGAAGAUAAGAGUGAAAACACAGCCAGAAAUCAAUGCUUUUAAUUUGUUAUUGGAUUCUUUGUGCAAAUGUAGUCUGGUUAAGGAUGCUGAAGCUUUGUUUAUGAAGGUGAAGAAGAAACUGAAGCCGAAUGCGAACACAUAUAACAUAUUGUUUUUUGGUUGGUGUAGAGUUAGGAAUCCAGGAAGAGGGAUGAGGGUAUUGGAAGAGAUGAUUGAGCUCGGGUUUGAUCCGGAUAAUUUUACUUAUAACACUGCUAUCGCUUCGUUCUGCAAGGCGGGGUUGUUGACGGAAGCGUGUGAACUCUUUGAGUUCAUGAGAACAAAAGGUUCUACCUUCUCCUCACCCACAGCUAAGACUUACGCAAUCAUGAUUGUUGCUCUUGUUAAUAAUGGUAGAAUGGAUGAAUGCUUCAAGUUUCUGGAAUACAUGAUCAAAAGUGGUAGUGUUCCCGACGUUUCUACGUACAAAGAGCUGAUCGAAGGGAUGUGUUUAGGUGGAAAGGUCGAUGAAGCUUACGUGUUUUUGGAAGAGAUGGGUAAGAAAGGUUACCCUCCUGAUAUAGUUACUUAUAAUUGUUUCCUCAAGGUUCUCUGUGAUAAUAAAAUGAGUGAUGAUGCACUCAAGCAUUGUGAUAGAAUGAUUGAAGUUGGUUGCUUGCCCAGUGUACAGACUUACAACAUGUUGAUAUCGAUGUUUUUCGAGAUGGGCGAUCAUAAUGGAGCUUUCGAGAUUUGGUGUGAAAUGGAUAAGAACGGUUGCACACGGGAUGUGGAUACAUAUUGUAUAAUGAUUGAUGGUCUCUUUGAUUGCAACAAAGUUGGAGAUGCUUGUUUCCUUUUAGAGGAAGUGGUAAACAAGGGAAUGAAGCUCCCUUAUCGGAAGUUCGACUCGUUUUUGAUGCAGCUCUCUGUAAAUGGUAAUCUCCAAGCAAUCCAUCGCCUGUCCGAACACAUGAGAAGGUUUUACAACCCCGCCAUGGCUCGACGUUUUUCUAUGAAUCAAAAGCGGAUGAGCAUGAGUUUGAGAGGAAAGUGACAGGACUUGGUUAAUUGUACGCAUCCAAAUUGUUUCCUGGUAGCACAAAAUAGCCUACAGAGCCUUCUCCAGAAAGAGUUGUUCGAGGCAUAAAAACCGAAGUCCUCGGCCUUCGUUAAAGCCUCGUGACGCCCGUUCCAUCGAGCCAGGAGACAAGCAAGGCCCUGGUAAGAAAGCAAUGAGUUCAAGUAGAUGAUGAAUAGUGUAGAAAUAUCCACGUUCUCGUGCUUUGAUUUUUAUGAAAUAUUA